GCUCAAGAUCCCCGAGGCAUGUGCAGUCGAAGCCCCUCCGAUAGCCAUGCCACCGGGUCCAUCUGAACCGUGAUCCGAUUACGCAGUUCCAGGCUAUGACCGUGCUGCAGCCCAGGUGGAUAUUGCCCUUGUGCUUGCGGCUGGCGUGGGCCAACUCUUCAUGUGCAGGAGGAUGCUUUCCGAUCCGGGCGGAACUGGAGCUGGAGCAGGCAGAGCGCCUGCAGCUCCUGCAGACUCAUAUCAGCUUCCUGGGCUCUCCUCAUGACCAGGACCCUGCAGUCAUACUUCCGGCGAGGCGAUUUGGGGCCAAGACCAAAUCGCCCCAGAUGGCGCAGCAGGCCUUCAUCCCCGGCACCGCCUUCUUGCUGGGCAUGGUGCUGCUGGCCAUGAACAAGACAACCUUAGGCAUGCUGGCGGUCUACUUCGCGGGCCAGUCCAGCUUCGCCCUCUACAUGAAGCUGGUGCUCUCGGAAGAGACCAUCUCGAGAGAUCUGAAUUUGCGGGGUAUGCCCGCUGCUUUCCUUGUCACCGCCAUCCAACAGGUGGUGGCCUUCAUUUCGCUGGGCGUGGCCAUGGCAGCGGUCUACUUCCUCGGGACGCCCUACGUGCCGCGCAAGCUCCGCAGCCUCCGGGAAGUGGCUGCGGUGCUCUUCUUCGCCUUCGCGGUGGCGGUGAAUAUCGGAUUGAACAACUUCAGCAUGUCCUUGCUGCCGGUGUCCUUGAACAUGGUCAUCCGGUCUUGCAUCCCUCUGGUGACGCUAGUUCUGCAGCAGAUCGCGCAUAAGCUGGGGCUUAUCACGGCUGCGCCUGCUACCGUGUGGGACGUGCUGCUCAUGUCCGCCGGGGUGUCCUGUGCGGCCUUGAGCGCCCUCGCGGAGAGCGAGGGCGCGGGCCCCGGCGCCAACGAGCAUCUCACCCUGGGCAUUUUCAUGUGCUUCCUGGGUGAUGUCGCCGCAGCCACCACGCUGAUUCUGGCGGCAGCCUUCAACACGACUCUGCAACCGCCGCUGUCUCCCUUGGAUACGGUCUUCUACACGGCCCUGCCCUGCGCCUUGGUGCUUCUCCCGGCCUCGCUCUACGCCUCCCACCCCGUAGAUUGGCCCGACGUGGGCCAGCUCACGGACUGGGAGGUGUACCAGACAGUUCACCGGUUCAGUCCUGGCACGAUCUUCCUGGUGAUUUUCUCCGGCAUCGUGUCAGCCGGCUACAACUUCAUCCAAUACACGGUGGUUCAAACACUCUCGGCCAGCCACGCCGCGUUCGCGGGGAACUUCAACAAGGCGGCCACCAUCUCGCUGUCGAUGUUUCUGGGCCUGGAGGCGUUGCCGCGGGGCACCUGGAGUUCGGUCAUGGUGCUGGGGGUGUCCGGCAACAUUCUGGCCUUCAGCACCUGGAGCUACCUGCAGUCCGCGCGGGCAAGCGCGAAGGCGUCGAGUGCCAGGGAGCCUCUGGCCGAAAAGGCUUGAGUAGAUGAGUAGAUGACUCCCUUGGGAGGGCAACUGGAAGGUCGGGGAAAUUCCGGUUUUCCCAUCUGGCCGGAAAGGUCUUCCCAUCGCCAAUUGUCAUGGACA